AUGAGCUUCCUGUCAGACUCAGACAUGACACAUCAGCCGAAGGCUCUCUGGCGCGGCAUAAAAACCCAUUCUGCCUUCAUAUAACUGGAUAUUACAGCCUUAAGGAUGAUAAGGGACCGUUUUAAACGCGUUAUAAAUGAGCUGUGAGUCGAAUUGGAGUUAAAUUGUCGUCCUUGGCUAACUGGCUAAUGCUAGCGAGCUGGCUGACGGUGGAGAAAAAAACUGAAAGCGGAAGAGUGACGUGCUGGAUUACCGAGGCGGAAGUGACAGAGCGCAGAUUUUCCUUCUGGAAGGUUUGGAUAUACAGAGGGAUGGAUGAAAAGCAAAGAGCCACUUCUGAACGGAUUCUUCUGGAACCGUACAAGUAUUUAUUACAACUGCCAGGAAAACAAGUCAGAACAAAACUCUCUCAGGCGUUCAACCACUGGCUCAACGUCCCAGAGGAUAAACUUCAGGUGAUCAUCGAGGUGACGGAGAUGCUGCACAAUGCAAGUCUGCUGAUUGAUGAUAUUGAGGACAGCUCGAAGCUGCGGAGGGGUUUCCCAGUGGCCCACAGCAUCUACGGCAUCCCGUCGGUCAUCAACUCUGCAAACUAUGUGUAUUUCUUGGGCCUGGAGAAGGUGCUGAUGCUGGAGCACCCGGAGGCGGUGCGUGUUUUCACCCGGCAGCUGCUGGAGCUGCACCGCGGCCAGGGUCUGGACAUCCACUGGCGGGACACAUACACCUGUCCCAGCGAGGCUGAGUACCGCGCCAUGGUGCUGCAGAAAACCGGAGGCCUCUUUGGGCUCGCUGUAGGCCUCAUGCAACUCUUUUCUGACUGGAAACGAGAUCUGAAGCCACUUUUAGACACUCUAGGGCUGUAUUUCCAGAUCCGGGACGACUACGCUAAUCUGAACUCCAAAGAGUACAGCGCUAACAAAAGCUUCUGUGAAGACUUGACCGAAGGAAAGUUCUCGUUUCCCACCAUUCACGCCAUCUGGUCGCAUCCUGAGAGCACACAGGUGCAGAAUAUUCUGCGUCAGAGAACGGAGAACUUGGAUAUUAAGCGGUACUGUGUGGAUUAUCUGGAGAAGGUGGGCUCGUUUGCUUACACCCGGCAGACGCUGCUGGAUCUGGAGGUGGAGGCUUACAGGCUGAUUAAGGAGCUCGGGGGAAACCCGGAACUGGAGGCUUUAGUGGAGCAUCUGAGCCGCAUGUAUAAAGAGCCUGAGGGCGGAGCUACUGUAAGCCAAUCAAAAUAAACUGAGGCGGAGCUACAGCUGGGCAUUCAAAUGAGUUCAAGGGCAGAGAUGCAUUAGUUAAAACAGUCUGGGGCGGGGCUACAGCUGGGCAGGCAAAAGAGUUCAAGGGCAGAGAUGCAUUAGAUAAAACAGUCUGGGGGCGGGGCUACAGCUGGGCAGGCAAAAGAGUUCAAGGGCAGAGAUGCAUUAGAUAAAACAGUCUGGGGGCGGGGCUACAGCUGGGCAGGCAAAAGAGUUCUGGGGCGGAGAUGCAUUAGUUAAUACAGUCUGUGGGCGGGGCUACAGCUGGGCAGGCAAAAGAGUUUUGGGGCGGAGAUGCAUUAGUUAAUACAGUCUGUGGGCGGGGCUACAGCUGGGCAGGCAUAAGAGUUCAAGGGCAGAGAUGCAUUAGAUAAAACAGUCUGGGGCGGGGCUACAGCUGGGCAGGCAUAAGAGUUCAAGGGCAGAGAUGCAUUAGAUAAAACAGUCUGGGGGCGGGGCUACAGCUGGGCAGGCAAAAGAGUUCUGGGGCGGAGAUGCAUUAGUUAAUACAGUCUGUGGGCGGGGCUACAGCUGGGCAGGCAAAAGAGUUUUGGGGCGGAGAUGCAUUAGUUAAUACAGUCUGUGGGCGGGGCUACAGCUGGGCAGGCAAAAGAGUUCAGGGGCGGAGAUGCAUUAGUUAAUACAGUCUGGGGGCGGGGCUACAGCUAGGCAUUCAAAAGAGUUCAGGGGCGGAGAUGCAUUAGUUAAUACAGUUUGGGGGCGGGGCUACAGCUAGGCAGGCAAAAGAGUUCUGGGGCGGAGAUGUAUUGGUUAAAAUGGUCUGGGGUGGGGCUACAGCUGGGCAGUCAAAAGAGUUCAGGGGCCGAGAUGUAUUAGUUAAAACAGUAUGGGGCGGGGCUACAGCUGGGCAGUCAAAAGAGUUCAGAGGCGGAGUUGUAUUAGUUAAAAUAUUAUGGGGGUGGGGCUACAGCUGGGCAUUCAAAAGAGUUCAGGGACAGAGAUGCAUUAGUCGGUUAAAAGAGUGGAGGGUGGAGCUUCAGCUGGGCAUUGAAGAGUCUGGGGCGAGGGUGCAGCUAAGUAUUUAAAUGUCUGAGGGUGGAGCUGCAGUCAGCCAGUUAAAAUAGUACUGAGAUGGAGAUGAGUAUUUUAAAGUACAUGGGCGGAGCUGUAGUCAGCCAUUUAAAAUAGUAUGGGGUGUGGCUUCAGCUUGGAAUUCAAGAGUCUAGGGCGGGGCUACAGCUGAGUGUUUAAAUGUCUGGGGGUUGAGCUGUAUGCAGCCAGUUAAAAUAGUGUGGAGGUGGAGCUGAGCAUUUAAAAUAUGGGGGUGGAGCUGCAGUCACCUUGUCUAAAUAGUACAGGGGUGGAGCUUCAGCUGGGCAAUCAACAUUUUUUUGGGGUGGAGCUGUAGUCAGUCAGUUAAAAUAGUAUGGGGGUGGCCUUUCAGCUGGGCAAUCAAGACUUUGGGGGGUGGGGCUAUAGCCGAGCAUUUUAAAGUCUGGCAGUGGAGCUGCAAUCAGCCAAUUUAAAUAGCAUGGGCAGGGCUUCAGCUGGGCAGUCAAAAGAGUCUGGCGCAGAGCUGCAGUAAGCCUGUUAUAAUAGUAUGGGGUAAAGCCAGUGCUACUGAAGCAUUUAUAAGUCUGGAAUCUGGAAGAAGAGCUCAGCCUGUUUAAAUAGAAUGGGUGGAGCUGGGCAUUUAAAAGUCUGGGGGUGGAGCUACAGUCAGCUAGUUAAAAAGUAUGAGGGCGGAGCUUCAGUCAGGCACUCAGAAGAGUCUAAUGCUGAUGAUUUACAGGGCAACUUUUGGGAAACUAUGCCAUAAAUGGGCAAUCAGGUGUGACCAGGGUAACUAAUUAGAGCAAUGGGUUACAGAUACAAUACUGUUGCCCAUUCUUAAUAGAAACAUUGCCAAGCAAACAUCGCUCUGGAAAAUUACCUGGCAACACUGAUCCUGAAGUGUCCCUAGUGUUUCAUCAGGAGGAGGCGGAGCUGCAGUCAGACAUUUAACAUAGUAUGGGGCGGAGCUGAGCAUGCAAAAGUCUGGGGCGGAGUUGUAGUCAGUCAAAAUAGUAUAGGGCGGAGCUUCAGCUGGGCACUCAGGCAGAGCUGCAGUCAGCCAAUCAAAACAAUGACUCAUGCUAAUCAGGUCUGCACUGUGAAUGAACCAUUUCUGUAGUAUUUGUUUAGACUGAGGGCAGGAAACAAAGUCUGUUCUGUUUGAUUCGUAUUUCAUAGACUUGUGAAAUUGGCGUCUUAAAUAUUUGGUCAUUUUCCAUGGUUAAAUAUAUGAAGAGUUUCCUUAUAAAUGAACCAUAAAAACUCUCAGAUUAUACAACCAUUUAAUGUUUAAAUGAUUAAUGAUUUCACCACAAAUUAUAUUGACUAAGAGGAUGUUCAUGGACCUUUCUUUUUGUAUUACUUAUUGUUAUUAUUAACAUGUCGACUGUUUUCAUUAUUAAACCAAUAUUUUAGUAAUGAUCAUGGUUAUUAUAUGAUUAGUGAUAUUCUGCUCUUUUGCCUUUGAGAAUGUUGAAGUCAGCACAUUCAUUUAUUUAUUCUUCCUCAUUAAGAGAUCGUCAUGUGAGUGAAUAAUGUCAUACACGGUUUAUUCAGCUGACGUGAUGAGGCCUUAUGUUCACGUGUGGAUACUCCAACACUCCUGAAUGUCUGUCGUUCGUGUGUUUCUGUUUAGCAGUUGUUGGGUUGUUUUUGGGGGCUGAUGAUGUUAAAGGACGCUGAACAUUCACCUGAGGAUCAAAUAACUCUGAAAUAGUGAAUUUCGCACCAUGUUUGAUGUUUUACAGGUCAUGUGCGUUUUAUCAGACUCCUUCCACUUUUGAUUUUGUUCUUUUAUUUGUUGUGUCUUUUGAAUACUUCCCUGAAUAAACAUUCAGCCACUCAUGUUCUCAUCA